AUGUCGUACCGGAUCUUCUUGACGUCUGCAACCUUGCUCCUGAUUCGGGACCUCGGGAGGGUCCCGUUGGUCAAUGCUGUUCUCGAAGCUAACGGCUGUCCGACGGGUUGGACUACCGUUCCCGAGUUUGUGCUUAAAUAUGCACCCCUGAUUUACAUUCACAGCGAAGAGUCAUACAUGCCAUCCAACUUUGAGACGCUGGUUGCAAACUGCAGACCCACAGUCAACUAUACACAAAUCGUAGGAGCGCCUUCGCCCUUAACGCUCGACAACCUUGAUUUGCUGAACAACUUAGGAGGGAAAAAUGUCUUCCUCACUACGAAGGAGGGAAUCAGGGCUCUUCCGGAGUGGUUUAGAGGCACAAGGCCCAAUAAGGCUGGUCAGACUGAGGAUGCUGUUAGCUCCGUUGUCGUCUUGAGAGAGCAUGGCGAUGGGAAGACGGCUGAUGUGUUUUAUUUCUACUAUUAUGCGUAUAACCAAGGAAACACGGUGUUCGGGACCCAACUUGGUAACCACGUCGGUGACUGGGAGCACAACAUGAUUCGCUUUGUGAAUGAACAGCCGCAGUCAAUCUGGUAUAGCCAGCAUGCUGCCGGCCAGGCAUUUACCUAUGAGGCGACCGAAAAACAAGGUUUCCGUCCCAUUGGAUAUAGCUCAAAUGGAUCGCAUGCUGUUUAUGCAACUCCGGGAACCCACGACCACACCAUCCCAGGCUGGAACCUACCCGGCGGCCUCCUAGAGGACGAAACAGACAAGGGAGUCCUCUGGGAUCCGCUGCUGAGCUCGUUCAUAUACAGUUAUAACAACGAGACGGAGAAGUUCUCGCCGUACGACACAGAAACGCCGACCAGUUACCUCUAUUUCGACGGACGGUGGGGGGACCAGCAACUUCCUGACGAUGCGGAGGGGCAGGUUGUUUUCUUUGGACAACGCAAGUAUGCGUCUGCGCCUGAUGGGCCGAAGUUUAAGCGGUUGGAUCGGGAGAAUGUUUGUGGGUCUGAUGGGCUGUGUGUUAUUUGGGAGGAGUUGGGCGUUUAG